AUGACGUCAAAAUUAACGGUAAGACUGCCUUACGAGGCGGAGAGCUCGCUCGAGAUCACACUACGCCAGACAUUCUAUUGUCUCGAGCCUCAGCUUAGGCCCCAUUUUCCUCUCACCAUCCCAACUCAAGAACAGUACUCGCUGCUCAACAAAGCCAUUCUCUACGCUAUCUUAUCCGAACCCCACCUCCGUAAAAUCCACAUUAAUCAUUUACACGGUGUUAUAACUGAUGGAUACGGCUACUUCACCAGCAUUCUUGUUAUAAUUGUCAAUGAUAUAUAUGGGAAAUUGUUGCUGGGGAUUCUAGUGAGGAGAAUCUGUGGGUGUUACGAAAUGGUCACCCUUUUCUCCAGAAAAUGGGAUUGCCUUCUUCAAGAAGGCUCAUCGGGUUUGACUGCUGCUUUGUAUGUGUCUCUAGUGCCGUCUGAUCACUGCAGGGUAUCGAUAUCGAAUGCUCCAAUGUUUGAAUCUUUAAUCAAAUUGGAGAAGGAUUUUUGUGUGAAUAUGUUAAGGGAGAAAUUCGGCUUGUGUUUGAGGAUUGGGAGGGAUCUUGUUAGGCUUUUGCAGGAUUUGGUUCAUGUUCCGGAGUUUCGGGUCAUAUGGAGGGACUUGUUGUAUGCACCUAGCGUUUUUGGAGUUGGUAUCAUCCAGAGAUGGGCUGUGAUAGGUUGGCUACUGAAGUCCAGCAUGAAAAACUACAUUACCUCAAAUAUGAAGCUUGCAUUAUUUUAUGAUUGGCUCUUCUUUACAAAUAUCGAGCCUGCACUUUUGUUGAUGGUGCAUUCUAUCCCUGAAUAUAUUGACAUUACAAAUUCUCUGUUUGAGUUUCUGUUUCUUUUAUUGGAUAACUAUGAUCUUGAGAGGAAGGAGAUUGUGCUUCGUGGAAUUUCAUCUUCUUUGCAUACACUUCUUAGGAAAGGCGUUGUUGGGUCGUUAGAAGUGUUAACUAGAUGUGAUAAGAUUUCUCUGAAUCUUAAGGAAAGACUUGCAGAAUUGCUCUCGGGGUAUUCUGGCUUUGUAGAUAAUUCCAGAAUACCUACUUCUCAGAUGCUGUAGUCUGCCUUCAUUUUUCUUGUCUGGAAUGCCAAACAUCGCGAAUCUGCCUUCACAAGAAGCUCUUUGCAGCAGUUGAGGAAAAUGCUAGGAGUAGGAUGAGGAGGAAGUAAUGAUAAUCCAAUGUUUCCUGGUUAUGUGGAGGAAAAUCGUGCCCAAUGCAAUAACAAUACAUUGCCUCAACUGCAGCUUUUUGCAAAUGAUAAUUCCAGAAUACUAACUUCUCAGAUGCUGUAGUCGGCCUUCGUUUUUCCUGUCUGGAAUGCCGUACAUCGUUAACCGGCCUUCACAAGAAGCUCUUUGCAGCAGUUGAGGUACAACUAUUUAACAGUAUUAGCGGUCUAUUUAUCCGGUACUUGUAUUUGGCUGUUGGCACAAACAUCUGCAGCAUUUCUCUGUGAGCUUGUUGUAGGAGAACUUAAACUUUUCAAUACAAGUUUCUGGAUCGAAGAAGUUUAGGGCAUGAUUGAUAAUUGUAAUACUCUUUAAUUCUUUUUUUGGGACUCUCUGUUUCACUUCUUUAGUUCCAAUAGAAUCAAAUUAUUCUGAUGGAAAACAGUGCCUGUUUCUCAAAUGAAAUUAUUGCUCUUUGAAUUGUAA